UUUACCCCCAUUAGUGAUAGAGGUAUUACAUGCCUUUAGAGCUAUCUGAAGAAUUAUUCUUAAAGUGGCCCAUAAGUUACUUAAUUAUGCAAAGCUUUAAUUUUAAUUCCAUAGAAGUAUCUUAACUUAAACCUAAACAUUCCAUAGUCAACAAAUUCUCUAAAAUCUUCCCAUAUAUUUUCACACAUUUGUUAGAUCAAAAUCUGCAAAAACACAAGGAGGGUAUUUUGUUCUGGUGAGAAUGAUUCAUUUACUUUUCAUGCUUGUAAUUGGGGAAAUGGCACUAAUAUUGACCCUAAUGUUCAAAAGUCCUAUAAGGAAACUGGUCAUUUUGAGUAUGGAUCAGAUGAAGCAAGGGAGAGGGCCAUUAGUGAUGAAGAGUGUGGGAGGAACAAUGGUUGUGAUAUUUAUUUCAACCAUAUAUGUUGUCAUGGGUAUCCAAAAACGUUCAACUGAUGCAGCAGGUGUGGUUAAUCCCACUGAUGAGGUUCUAAAAGCACAACAUCUUUUACAGGCAUCUCUUAUAGGGUUCUCCUUGUUUCUUGCAUUGAUGAUAGACAGACUACAUUACUACAUCCGAGAGCUGAGUCUACUCAGAAGAGCUUUGGAAGCAUUUAAAUGAAGGAUGAGCUAGAUUGAUAAUAUAAUAAUGUGUCAAAAGACCUUAAAAAGGGUCAUAACUGUCCUUCAAUGGUUUCUCUAUGUAGAUAUACAGCUCACAAUGAUUAAUGGCUUUUCCAA